AUGGAGAAGAAGCGAUCAUACGCCGUACUGAUACCGACUCUCUUGACCGUAUGGCUAGCAUGCGCUGACCAUUCUUAUGCCCGCCAUGCUAAGACAAACCAUCCCAUGGCCGGACCACCACGGUGUCCGAAUUGUGGACCCAUGGCUAUACCUUACCCGCUAAGCACGGCUCCGAAUUGCGGCGAUCAAGCCUACAAGAUAAAUUGUGUCGCCGGUAAGCUCUAUUUUGGCGCUCUUCAUGGAUCAUCGUAUAUCAUCACGUCCAUUAACCCGGUGACCCAACGGAUCGUUCUCCGGCCUCCCGGUUUUGUUAGCUCUGGAUCUUGUCUCUCGGCUGAUUUCUCUAAAGCGGGCCUCGAGCUCGACCCACAUCUCCCUUUCAGCAUCACUAGCAGUAACACUAUCUUACUGCUUAGUUGCCCUGAAGCUAUGCUACAGGCGCCAAUAGAUUGUACCGGGACCAGCUUAUGCCACAGCUACAUCAAGAACAACGCAUCAGCUUGUUCCAAGGCUCCCUUUUGUUGCACCUUCAGAACCGACGGCUCACAAACGGCUUACACGAUCAGGAUCAACGGUGGAGGAUGUCUCGCGUACCAGAGCUUUGUGGGGUUGAAUCCAAACAAAGAGAUUCCGCCUACCGGAAAAAAAUGGCCCGACCCGGGGCUAGAGCUGCAAUGGGCAUUGCCUAAGGAACCGGUCUGCAAAACGGAUGUAGACUGUAGCCUCUUGCUGGGCAAAUCAAAGUGUUUGCCUGACCCGACGAGUCUCGGCUUAAAACGUUGCUUCUGCAAGAAGGGUUUGGAAUGGGAUCCGGUUAACGCAAUAUGUGGUAAAUGUCGCCAUGGGAAACACUGCAAGAAAAAGAAGAAGACCGUUGUUUUCGCAGGUGCGGCGGUUGCGGUUGUGGGAGUUACAUUCGCGAUUGCGGUAGCGGUUCUUGCAAACAAGCAUAGCCACAAAAAUGUUAAAAAAGAGAUCCAUAAGAACAUCGUUAAGGAGCGAGAAGAGAUGCUCAGCGCAAAAUCCACGGGAAAAUCAUCAAGAAUCUUCACCGGCAGAGAAAUCACAAAGGCAACCAACAACUUCUCAAAAGACAAUCUCAUAGGCACCGGAGGUUUCGGUGAAGUCUUCAAAGCCGUUCUUGACGACGGAACCAUAACCGCGAUCAAACGAGCAAAGCUUAACAACACCAAAGGCACUGAUCAGAUCCUAAACGAAGUUAGGAUCCUCUGCCAAGUCAACCACAGAAGCUUAGUUAGGCUUCUUGGCUGCUGCGUCGAUCUCGAGUUGCCUCUCUUGAUCUACGAAUACAUUCCCAACGGAACGCUGUUCGAACAUCUCCAUGGCAAUCCAGACCGCAACUGGAAACCGCUGACUUGGCGGCGAAGACUGCAGAUCGCAUACCAAACCGCUGAAGGCUUAGCUUAUCUUCAUUCCGCAGCAAUGCCGCCCAUUUACCACCGCGAUGUAAAGUCGAGCAAUAUCUUGCUCGACGAGAAGUUAAACGCCAAAGUUUCAGACUUUGGGCUCUCUAGGCUCGUGGAUUUGACGGAAACUGCUAAUAACGAGAGCCAUAUCUUCACAGGCGCACAAGGUACGCUGGGUUAUCUCGAUCCAGAGUACUACCGGAACUUCCAGCUAACCGAUAAGAGCGACGUGUAUAGCUUCGGAGUUGUGCUUCUGGAGAUGGUUACGUCAAAAAAGGCGAUAGAUUUCAGCAGAGAAGAGGAAGAUGUGAACCUGGUGAUGUAUAUAAACAAGAUGAUGGACCAAGAGAGGUUGAUUGAAUGCAUCGAUCCGCUGCUCAAGAAGACGGCUAACAAGCUUGACCUGGAGACGAUGCAACAGCUCGGGAAUUUAGCAUCAGCGUGCCUCAACGAGCGGAGACAGAACCGGCCUUCCAUGAAAGAGGUUGCUGACGAGAUCGAAUACAUCCUUAACAUUCUAUCACAAGAGGUUACUGAGACACAGUUGUCUUAG